GUCGUUCAGGACAUUAUCUGUUAGAGUAGUUACCGCUAGUCGUUUGUUGUGAUUUUGAUCGACGAGCCUCAUCCGUGUCUGAGGCGCUGGGACAGUCGUUAACGAUGCUUGUCUGUUCAUCACCACGGCUUUUCAGCGUCGGCCGACCAGCUCGGCCGCCAGGGUGUUCUCCUCGUCGAUUUCGGUCCCUCCUCGGCGAUCUGCUUGAGUUGGAUGGAGACAGCACUGCGUCGAGGGAGCCGCGGUAAGAACUCAAACAUCGGCCUACAGUUCCUCACGCAUCUGAUGGGCCGCAUCCUGAGCGCCCAGGGCUGCUCGCCGACCUCUCUCGACCUGAAAGGCUUCAAGGCUCUGCUGAAAGUCGUGGACACGACCUGCGCGGACUCGUUCGAUUUGUUCUACGGGCUGUUCAAGUACAACGCGAACGCCAUGGACACGAUGGCCAAGCUGAAGCUCGCCUUCAGCGACAUCGAGACCGACCUGCGGGGGCAGCUCAAGAUACAGUCGGCGGAGAUCGCGAACGCACAGCCCCUCGCGCUGCCAGCCCCCAGUAAAGAGGAGUCCCUGCGCAUUAGCUCGAUGGUGAAGCGCAUUUCGGAGUCGCAGACGGCCGCAGUGCAGGCCCUCAGCAAGAGGCUCAAGGACAGCGGCCGCCGUGUCAACUCCGCCCUCUGCAUCGGGGAGCCCGACUACCAGCCCCCCGACGUGGUGCUGGACGCCAUCGGGAAAGCCGGGGACGAGGGGCACACGCACUACACCGUCGUGCAGGGGGACUCGGAGCUCAGGAAGGGCAUCUGCGACUACCUGCGCGACAAGAAGGGCGCAGCCUACGACCCGGCACAGGUCUGCGUGUCCAACGGCGGCAAGCAGGCGAUCUACCAGGCCUUCAUGGCCGUGUGCGACCCGGGGGACAGGGUGCUGGUGCCGACGCCCUGCUGGGUGAGCUACCACGACAUCGCGCAGCUCUGCAAGGCGCAGCCCGUGUCCAUAACCACAACCGCCGAGGAGGGCUACCUGCUGACCGCCGCUCACCUGGAGCAGGCGCUCCAGGUGGACCCUGGCCGGUGCAAGGUGCUGGUCCUGUGCAACCCGUGCAACCCCACGGGGGCCGUGCUGCCGCGCGAGUCGUUGGAGGCCAUCGCCGAGGUCCUGCGGCGGCCCGAGUUCGCCCACAUCUACGUGCUGGCCGACGAGAUCUACGAGCAGCUGGUCUUCGACACGCCGCACGUGUGCUUCGCCUCGCUGGAGGGCAUGCAGGAGCGCACGCUCCUCGUGGGCGGCUUCUCCAAGGGCUUCGCGAUGACCGGGCUGCGGCUCGGCUACCUCGCCGCGCGGAAGGCCGUGGCGGCCGCGGCGACGAAGCUGCAGGGCCAGAUCACCUCCUGUGCCUCCAGCGUCUCGCAGCGCGCCGGCCUGGCGGCGCUGCGCAGCGACCAGGCGGAGUGGCUGCGGGAGCGCCUGCAGGAGCUCAGGGAGAAGCGCGACUACACGGUGAAGAGACUGCGCGAGAUACCCGGGGUCGCCUGCCCGUUGCCGGAGGGUGCCUUCUACGCCUUUGCGAACCUGUCCGGCGUGCUCUGGGAGCGGGGGCUGUCCGGGCAGGAUCGACUUCUGCGCCGCGCUGCUCGAGCGCCACGGCGUGGCGCUGGUGCCGGGCGAGGCCUUCCACGCGCCGAUGUCGGUGCGCCUCUCGUACGCGUGCUCGAUGGAGGACAGGACCUCCAGAGCGCCAUGGACGCCUUCGCCGACUGCGUCGCGGAGCUGCGCCCGGCACCCUGAGGGGGCGCCGUGCCGGGGGGCGCCCCGGGCGUCCCGCCCCUGCUGGCCCCUCCAGCACGGAAGACGGAGAGGGAGAGGGAGAGCGAGAGGGGGUGGAAGCCUCCACCCCCAUGGUCGCCCCGCCCGGCGGUGGAGCUGCGCGGGCGAGGAGGCCGCCGGGCCUCUCCGCGGCUGCUCCUGCCUCCGCCCCCGCCCCCCCCCCCCCCUCGGCGGAGCGCGGCGCGGCCGCUGCCCAGCCCGAGGGCGCCCAGGG